GCCUUCUGUCUGUCCUUCCACAGGAAGUGCAAUAAGACCAUGAACCCACAGCAGGGGAUUGGGCACUGCAGGAGCUUGACAGAGGAGAAGAGCUGAUGUGCUGGGCUCAGACUCACCAGCCGCAGGGCAGAGGCAGUGUAAAGCACACGAUGAACAUUCCACGUGGUGCCAGAGGUGAGGGCCAUGUGCAGGAGCUGUUCCACGAGGAGGCCCAGCAGGGAUCCCAAACACAGAGCAGGCCCUGGUGGAAGAUCCAGCUGUUUGUGUGGGAGCCAGUGCUUUUUGGGACGUGGGAUGGCGUCUUCACCUCCUGCAUGAUCAACAUUUUUGGAGUGGUUCUUUUCCUGAGGACGGGAUGGCUUGUGGGAAACACUGGUGUUGUGAUGGGCAUGUUUCUGGUGUCCUUUGUGGUCCUGGUUGCUCUGGUGACAGUCCUAUCUGGAAUUGGGGUCUGUGAGAAGUGCAGCAUUGGAAGUGGAGGCGUCUACUCCAUGAUCUCUACUGUCCUUGGAGGUCAAGUCGGGGGGACCAUUGGGCUCCUUUAUAUUUUUGGCCAGUGUGUUGCAGGUGCCAUGUACAUCACUGGCUUUGCAGAGUCCAUCGCGGAUGUACUGAACCUCAGCAACAUCUGGGCAGUGCGGGGCAUUUCCCUGGCGGUGCUGCUGGGGCUGCUCGGGAUCAACCUGGCAGGGGUGAAGUGGAUCAUCCGCCUCCAGCUCCUGCUGCUCUUCCUGCUGGCUGUCUCGACGCUGGACUUUGUCAUCGGGUCCUUUUCACACCUCGAUCCAGAGCACGGCUUCGUUGGCUACUCCGAAGAGCUUUUAUUUAACAACACACUGCCAGACUACAGCCAGGGGGAGUCUUUCUUCACUGUUUUUGGAGUGUUUUUCCCAGCUGCCACAGGUGUGAUGGCUGGGUUCAAUAUGAGUGGAGAUCUCCGGAAGCCUGCUACCAACAUCCCCCUGGGGUCUCUGGCUGCUAUUGGCACCUCGUGGUUUCUCUACAUGGUCUUCGUCUUUUUGCUAGGAGCCAUUUGCACCCGUCAGUCUCUCCGCUACGACUUCAUGAUAGCAGAGAAGGUAUCUUUGGUGGGUUUCUUGUUUCUGCUAGGGCUGUACAUCUCAUCCCUGGCCUCCUGCAUGGGGGGGCUCUACGGAGCGCCCCGAAUCCUGCAGUGCAUCGCCCAGGAGAACGUGGUCCCCAUGCUCGCCUUCCUUGGACGUGGGAAAGGACCCAACAAGACUCCAGUAGCUGCAAUUUGCUUAACAAGCCUCAUCACCAUGGCUUUCGUCUUCAUUGGGCAAGUGAACGUUCUUGCUCCGAUAGUCACCAUCAACUUCAUGUUGACUUAUAUUGCUGUAGACUACUCCUAUUUCUCGAUCUCCUUGAGCUACGACAUUCAGCAAAAACCUGGCAAGACACUGGUGGAAAACACUAAGACUCCUCACUCUUCCCAGCCUUUGAUUUUUAACAGGCCCUCCAGCCAUGCAUCAGAUGGAGUAAUUCAAAGCAGAUCGAAUGGCACCUUGCUGGAAUUCAGAAAAGACAUGGACCAGCUUUUUAAACCAUUUCAUAAUGAGCCAGAUGCUGGCAAAAAGGAAGGAGCUGAGAAUCUAAUGCAAAAAGUCAAACAGAAAAAAGCAAAGAAGCCAGCCAAGCAAAUGUUACAAGACAGCUUUCUUCUGGAUCUUGAUCAUGAUGCUUCUCCAGCCCACUGUGGCUGGGAUGAGACCAUGGAGCCUCCACCCAAAAGCCAGCAAUGUGAGAUGGGAUUGUGCUGGUCACUGCCUGCUGUGGAUCACCAGGGGCCACCUGAGUAUGGAGAGCAGCUCUGCAGCAAGGCACCAGAGGUCCCAGGUCGUGGGAUGGAAGAAUCAUCUACAAGGCAGCAAAAUCUAGAGCUGGAAAUUCAGCAAAUUCAAAAAUCCUUCUACUCCAAUUUCUGCAAUUACUGGGUUUCCUUUGCUGGUGCAAUUGUGUCCCUCAUCAUAAUGUUUGUCAUUCAGUGGAUCUACGCCCUUGUCAGCCUGGGGGCAGCGGUGGUUCUGUAUUUCUACAUCGGCCAAGUGAGUCCAGGACUCCCCCUGGGAGCAGCAGCGAAUUUCAGUUUGUUCAGCUGGAUUAAGUCUGUUUUGACCACCUCAUGCAGGAGGAGUCCGUCACCGAAGGAGCAGAUCGUGGUGACCCCAGCCUUUGCGACAGUGGGCAUGGAGACCAGGCAGCUCACCGAGGAGAAUGAGGACUUUGCCUCCAGGCACCGCUACCACCAGUCCUCCCUCAUCAGCAGGGAAGAGUUCAGGAAUCAGUUUCAGUAAAGUUGGAGGAAGAAAAAAAGAAAUAGCAAGCUGUCAUUUAAAAAAGGGCUGAUGAGUGCCAAUCACUGCUGACGUGCCUUGUGAAAUACUUGAAUGUGUAUGGAAAGGAUGUGAUUAGUUAUUUACAUGCUAGAGGCUUGUUUGUUUAUGCAGGCUACAACAUGGCCAAGUUUCAAAUCUUAUCCUAAAGGAAAAAAAAAAA